AAGAUGAGGGCUCAGUGCUGCAUCUGCGCUGACCAGUUUGAAAACGACGACAACAUCAACAUCGCUGCCGUGCCAUGUGGUCACACAUUUCAUGAAGUAUGCGUUAUGAGGUGGCUGAGAACGUCAAACUCAUGUCCGCAGUGCAGAACAUUCAUAAAUCAAAGUCAGGUGAUAAAGAAACUCUACUUUGACGCUGGAGAUGAGCCAGUUACCGAUGGCAACGACACGGCCAAGCUGGAGAACCAGCUGUCGACACUUAGAAUGCGAGUCCUAGAAAAAGAGAAAAAAACAAGCGAGCUUGAAGACACGGUGCUGUUAUAUAAGCAACAAGCGAACGAGUGUCAGGAAAAUCGGGAGGCCAUAAACCUGCUAUACAAACAGGAACAAAGCUUAAACACCACGUUACGCAAACAGCUCGGUUUCUUCGAGUGCCAGCAGAGGGCGCUGGAGGCCGAAAAGAACGAGUAUAAGAAAGCGAAGAAACAGCUACGAACACUGAAGGAUAUCGAGGUGCUGCUAUCAGGGUGCGAGAGUGAGAGUGAAACGAUACUGUCGCAAUAUGGUGAGGGUGAGGCGGCUGCGAAACAGCUGGCACGAUAUUGUACAAUCAUAAAACGUGAAUAUGAGAAGGUGAAAUCGGAAAAGCGGUCAAUAAAAGAUCAUUGUGAAAAAGUGCGUAGAGAACUAAUGUCCAACACCAAUCUGUUGGAAAAAAGAACAAAAGAGUUGAGUGUUGUUACAGAUCAGCUUCGGGAAACCGAACAGGAAUUGACAAACUCCGAGCGUGAGAAAGACGUUUUACGUUGCAAGUUGAGUAAAUUGAAAAAGGCCAUUGCUAGUCCGUGUGGAAGCUCAAGUUUCAUUGAAACGCUCACCGAAGAAAGCCCAUCUAUGAAGACUCCACAAAGCAGAAAGUUAGUGGACAAACUAAAUCUUUCUGAAAUGCCUGAACCAAAAUUAAAUCUUUCUCCCGAUCUUUUCGAAGACACACCAAAAACCAAAGUUCGACGACACUGCGAAGAUAACAAUAUUAAAUUUGUGAAAAUCAGCUCGGCACGGGAACACAAACCGGCAAAGAGACCAAAACUCGAAAUUCAGGAUACGAAUAAUUUGGCUUAUCUGAGUGGAUUAAACAUCUUCAAGAAGAAACCGGGGUCAGGCUGUCCGAGUGUUAUUCGACAGGGAUACGACGGUCUGGGGGGUCACACGACAUUCACGCAGCCUCUUGGUCCCCCCAAGUUUGGUGGACUCAAAAAAAGACCGUCAAAGUCUCAACCUUGCAAAAAACCUAAAAUGACUUCGUGUCCUCCUCUGCCAACUAUGGAUGGUUUUCUCUCAUGAUUUGUGCUAAAAUUUGGAAGUAGAUUGCGUGGUGGAAACGGGUUUCUCCUUUAUAUCGUUUGUGUUCUUUUUCUUCAGUAAUGUUGAUGUUUUAUAAACCAACAAGUUGGUUUAAAAUAUUUUGUAUCUUCAUAACUGCAUGUAUUGACAUUUUACUAUAUUCAAAUAAGUUAUUUGUUCUGGGCACCAGCAAUCAUAAAUAUCUUUGAGGG